UUCCUUCCAGAUCUAUAGAAAAUGGGAACAAAAUGGCAGAUGGUGCGAGUUCUACGGAUGGGAAUGCGAACUAUGGAUUCACAAUAUUCCCAAACUAGAUUGAUGGGAAGGCGAGGCUUCUCUUUACCGUACAAGGCUGUAUUCGAGGGUGAUGAAGGAACCAGAGUUGAAUCUAGGCUCACCAAGCUCGACCAAACAAUUCAAAAAAAUGAAAAACUAAUAAAACCCAUGUAUACAAGUCCAUCUGGUCAGAUACCGAAACCAGAAAAAUUUGACCCCAAGCAAACAAAUCGUGACGUAAAAAAUAAAAAACAUUCUCAGUUUUCAAACAAAGAUAUAAAACAUACCACCGUUGUCGAAGAAGAAAUGAAGAGUUCUGGAAGUUCUCUGAAAGAUAUUGAAAAUGAGGAGGAUGAGGAUGAUGAGAUGAUGAAAAGUGGAUUUCAUAUUCCACAUUAUACUAAAAUUCACGCCUGGGAUAAAGGAAAUAAAAAGGUGAAAGAGCUUGGACGGUUACUUACGAAAAAUCAACGAGAUCGCAGUGUUGUCGUAUUAGAAGGAUACAGGUUGAUAAAUGAUGCCCUAUUAUCUGGUCUUCAGCCCUCUUUGCUACUCUUCAGUAGAGUAAAACUGCUUCGAGAUAUUGAAAUCAGUAGUUUAGGUUCAGAUUGUGUAUGUUUUCAUAUUCCUUACGACAAUAUUAAACUAUGGUCUGAUCUGAAAACUCCACCUGGACUCAUGGCUGCCUUCGACAAGCAACAGCUCGUUUCAAGCAUAACUCCCUUCCAUGCCCUGCCGAUUACACUCGUCUGCGAUAACGUGCGGAGUCCGGAUAACCUUGGAGCAAUCCUUAGAGUUGCUGCAGGAGCUGGAGUAGAACGGGUUCUACUUACUCGAGGUUGUGUUGAUCCUUGGUCAAAUAAAGUUCUUCGGGCAGCGGCGGGAGCUCAUUUUCUGGUGUCAAUAGUUGAGAGGGUGGGUUGGGAGAAUAUACAUGACCAGGUUCCAUCUUAUCCUCAUGUUGUUAUUGCGGAUAACGUUUCUACUCCUCCUUCAAGUUUUGACAGAGAAGAAAGGAUAAAAUAUCUGGAAGAACUGGAAACCAGGGGGAUAGAGGAGGGAGGGUUUCAUGUAUCUAGUUCAGAGAAUGGGAGUCCAGUAUCGAGCUAUCUUGAUCCUAAGCUGACCAGUGAGUACAAGAGGAUAGAGCUGGAUACUUACCAGUAUACGGAGUUUAACCUCAACCCUGGCUGCCGAGAGGUCGUCGUUAUCGUCGGUGGAGAGACGGAGGGAGUAAGUGAUGCUGCGUACAUGUUCUGCCAUAAAUUCAACGGAUCCAGAUUAUAUAUUCCUCUCCGGAAUAAACUAAAUUGCCUGAAUGUAGUGUCAGCUACUAGUGUCCUUCUCUUCACGGUUCAACAGAAACUGAUGGAAAUAUUAGAAAACAAGCAGGACAGCUCAAGAUAAUUAUGAUGUGUAAUGUGCAUGUUUACAAUGUAUCGUUAUUUAAUAAAUAUUUAAUGCUUUUUAGAAAUUGAGUUCAUGUAUCAAGGUUUCAG